AGGUGAUCCGACUCCGAGCAGCUGUGGAGCUUCAGGAUCGCUCACCGUCAGACAGCGGGAGUCACCGGCGGAGAGCACACCGACUACUACGCUACAAACCGCCAGGAGAGAAAAAACGCUGCCCUUAAAGCGCGUUUCUGUCGCCAACGACAUGGGAGACCGAGUGACUUUACUCCUGCUGGCCGUGGUGGCCUCGGCCCUUGCUGUGGAGGUUCCCACAGAUGUUUCCAUGGGUCUGCUGGCUGAGCCCCAGGUGGCCAUGUUUUGCGGUAAACUCAACAUGCACAUCAACGUGCAGAGCGGCAAGUGGGAGCCCGACCCCUCUGGCACCAAGAGCUGCAUCGGCACCAAAGAGGGUAUCCUGGAGUACUGCCAGGAGGUGUAUCCAGAGCUCCAGAUCACCAACGUGGUGGAGGCCAACCAGCCGGUCAGCAUCCAGAACUGGUGCAAGAAGGGCCGCAAGCAGUGCCGCAGCCACAUGCACAUAGUGGUGCCCUACCGCUGCUUGGUGGGAGAGUUUGUGAGCGACGCCCUGCUCGUUCCGGACAAGUGCAAGUUCCUCCACCAGGAGCGCAUGGACAAAUGCGAGAGCCACCUGCACUGGCACACCGUAGCCAAGGAGUCUUGCGGCGACCGCACCAUGAAUCUCCACGACUACGGGAUGCUGUUGCCGUGUGGCAUCGAUCGCUUCAGAGGGGUGGAGUUCGUCUGCUGCCCCACGGAGGCGGAGCGGGGCGCAGACAGCGUAGAGCAGGACGCCGACGACUCUGACGUGUGGUGGGGCGGAGUGGAGACGGACUACGCCGACAACAGCAUGGUGCGGGAGCCAGAGCCAGCAGAGCAGCAAGAGGAAACCAAACCAUCUGUGGUAGAGGAGGACGAGGACGUGCCAGAGGAGGGGGAGGAAGAGGAUGGUGACGACGAGGAGGAGGAAGAGGAGGAGGAUCUGUUGGACAACGACCAGGACGGAGAUGGAGAGGAGGACGAGGAGGAGGAGGAUGAAGAUGACGAGGGCGACGCGCUCGACAACGCCGAUGACGCCGACGAGCCCACCACUAACGUUGCCAUGACGACAACCACCACCACCACCACGGAGUCGGUGGAGGAAGUUGUCAGAGAUGUGUGCUGGGCCAAUGCUGAGACUGGCCCAUGCCGGGCCAUGCUGCCCCGCUGGUACUUUGACCGCCAGGAGGGCCGCUGUGUUCAGUUUAUCUACGGCGGCUGCGGAGGCAACAGGAAUAACUUUGAGUCAGAGGAGUACUGCCUGGCUGUCUGCAGCAGCGUCAUGCCCACGGCCACGCCCAGCUCCCCCGACGCGGUGGACCACUAUCUGGAGACGCCCGCCGACGAGAACGAGCACGCCCACUUCCAGAAAGCCAAGGAGAGUCUGGAGGCCAAGCACCGGGAGAGGAUGUCCCAGGUGAUGAGGGAGUGGGAAGAGGCUGAGAGGGAAGCCAAGAAUCUUCCACGCGCCGACAAGAAGGCCGUGAUUCAACGUUUCCAGGAGAAGGUGGAGGCCCUGGAGCAGGAGGCGGCCAGCGAGCGCCAGCAGCUGGUGGAGACCCACAUGGCCCGGGUGGAGGCUCUGCUCAACGACCGGCGCCGCCUGGCGCUGGAGAGCUACCUGACCGCUCUGCAGCAGGACCCGCCCAGGCCCCGUCACGUCUUCAGCCUGCUGAAGAAGUACGUCCGUGCCGAGCAGAAGGACAGGCAGCACACCCUCAAACACUUUGAACACGUCCGCAUGGUGGAUCCCAAGAAGGCCGCUCAGAUUAGACCUCAGGUGCUUACUCAUCUGCGUGUUAUUGAGGAGCGCAUGAACCAGUCUCUGGGCCUUCUCUACAAAGUUCCUGGUGUGGCUGAUGACAUCCAGGACCAAGUUGAGCUCCUGCAGAGGGAGCAGGCCGAGAUGGCCCAGCAGCUGGCCAACCUGCAGACGGACUCCAGGGUGAGCUACGGCAACGACGCCCUGAUGCCCGACCAGGAGUUCGGCGACGGCCAGACUGACCUGCUGCCCCAGGAGGACACCCUGGGCCUGGGGGGCGUCGGCUUCGUCCACCCGGAGAGCUUCAACCAGCAGAACGCCGACAACCAGGAGACCGGAAUGAAGAUGGACGCCAUUCCCGAGAUGCGGAUGGAGACGGAGGACAGACAGAGCACCGAGUAUGAAGUCCACCACCAGAAACUGGUCUUCUUCGCCGAGGACGUCAGCUCCAACAAGGGCGCCAUCAUCGGCCUCAUGGUCGGAGGCGUCGUCAUAGCCACGGUGAUCGUCAUCACCCUGGUGAUGCUGAGGAAGAAGCAGUACACCUCCAUCCACCACGGCGUCAUCGAGGUGGACGCCGCCGUCACCCCCGAGGAGCGCCACCUGUCCAAGAUGCAGCAGAACGGCUACGAGAACCCCACCUACAAGUUCUUUGAGCAGAUGAACUGAGAAGAAAGUCACACGUACACCCGCGCUCAUAAACACACCAUCACCCCCAAACGCAUCGCACCCGUUCCCCCGCCUCCCCCCCACCCACCCAACACUGCCCCCCCUUAAGCCCCGCCCCCACGUCCUGAGGAGCCAGUAGUCUGUAGUGAGGGUUCGUUUCAUUUCUGCCAAACCUCUCUGCUCACUUUACCGGAGCAAGACGCCUUUUUGUUUUUUUUUUAAUUAAAGAAAAGGAGUUGAAGUUGCUGCGUCUGGGCCUGCUGACGUACAAGUGGGGGGGGAGGACCACAAGCACACUUUCUCCACACCGAUCAGCUCCCAGUUGACCCGGCCGCCGAUCAACACCUUCCUGGAAGUCAUUUCUGUCAUUUCACAUAAUUUCCUGCCGACACCUCCUGCACUCUGACAUGAUGAAGCUGAGCAUUGUGAGCAAGUUCAGGCGCUGCAACUCCCCCUACAGUCCACACUGGAGAGCAAAAGUGACCCCCCCCCCUCCGCCCUGCUUUCUCCUCCCUUUCUCCCUCCAUCCCUCCAUCCUCCUUCCCUUCAUACAACAGCUGGGCUGUGUGGAGCCACACAAGAGGCUCUGAAGGACGUCGUGAGAAGCUGACGAUAACGAUGGCAGCAGUAGUGAUUAUGUGUUCUUCAGGAGCCGUUUUUAUUUUAGAGGUUCCCUCUAUCCUUUCCAUUUUCCUUUUUUUCAAAAAAGAUUGAAAACAGUAAAAAAAAAAAAAAAAAGGUCAACUGAUGUAAAGUCAUUUUUUUAAAUUGCGUGUAACGUUUUUGCCGAAGUCUUAGCUGUUCCUUAUGUAGUGUGCAUGACAACAACAACAACAGGAUUUGGAGAAGAAGAAGAAAAAAAAAAAAAAAAAACAAAACACCAGGAUCUUAACGCUGCUCUCUCUGGAGAUCCUUCCUCACGUAUAGAUUGUCAUUCUAGCAAGAUUGUACGUUUAGUAUUCAAUCGUGAUCACUUGAUAUCAAACAAGAAUGGAAAAAAUAUAUAGAAAUCUAGACGAACGGGCUUUGAUAUCAUGUAAAGAUUGUUCCCCUCCUUUUUUUAAGUUAAAGUUCCUUAUUGGCUGUCCUGAGGCUACAGGAGAUGCAUCUUUGUAAAUGAUCCUCCAUCAAAGUAUGUCGUUGAAGAUCCUUGCGUGUAGCGCCGUUCUGACAUUAUCCCCCCCCCCCACCCCCCCUGUCGUGCUCACUCUUCACGUUCCUCUGGGGGAGGUGCAGAGGAACGCUAUGAGCAGCAGGUUAGGAUCGUAUCUACGUCUCCAUGUUGCAGGGUUCCUACACUGUCUGCAAACGGCACACCUUACUACCUUUGCUACUUUCUCCCUUCAGCGUGUCUUCAUUUCUGUCCUUCGUACUUUCUAGGUACCCUUCCAUCCUCGUCCCACCUUGCUUCUUAUCCUUGUGUCCUAUGUUCCCUCCCCGCUUCACGGCAUUCAUCCUUUCCGUUCUCCAUUGUGACCCGUCUUCUUUCCUUGAUUCCUUCAUUCCUUCCUCCUAGUUCCCAUUUUUUUUUUAUUCAGAUUCCACGUUUGAAUAUCUGUCAUAUUUUACUGGUGAACUUUGAAGUUUUAUUUUUUAUGGGGGACUCUGGGAAGUUGAGUCUGGACUCUUCUGAAAAAAAAUGUGUAGGAACCCUGACGUUGUCACUUUUCAGUCGCGUGUUUGUCCAGUCGUAAGCCGAUGCUGUCUCAUUAUUUUUUAUUUUAUUAUUUUUUUUUGUUUUAGUUUUGCUCUAGGAGUGCUGAGAGGUGGAAGAGGGGGAGGCGGAGGAGAGGAAAUGACUUGCAGUUCCAGAUGGAUAACCAGCCAGUCAGGCAGUCUGUGUAUAUAAUGGAUUUUCACUUCCCGCUGCACCUCCCCUCCCUUCCUCGCCUUUCCUCUCCUCCAGGCGAGCUGCUCACCUCUCUGCCAUGAGCUCAGAAAGCUGACACACAGACAGAAGGGCGUUCACCAUCCACAAAUGGCAGGAGGUUGGAGGACGAUGUAAAGGCAGAGGCCAAAAAAAGAAAUAAGAUAAAAACUACAUGUAAAGAGCUACAGUGGAACCUCUCUCACUUGUUUAUAGAUCUCAUGAUGAAUGAAUUACUGAGUGAAAUGUAUAUUUUAGGGAUGCAGUUGGGUGAGCUUGUUUUUUCAGAGGGUGCUCAGUAGAAUAGAAGAAGCAGGAUUUUCUUUUUUUCUGUGGGGUAUAUAUUGGUUUGUGUAAUAUUGUGCAAGCCAUUUGCAUCGACUGGGAAAAUGCUUUCUACACUGUAUUCCAUAAUAAAGUUUUGAAUGUA